UCGAGGAAGGCUUCAAGUAGGGAUGUUGCUUAUCAGGCCCCGACUUAACCCCGGCCAGUUGACUUCCACAUAUAUCCACCUUCCUCUUCUCCUUGAGCUGGAUCCUAUAAUCCUAUCUCAAAUUCUCAAUCUCAUUCGAUACAUCCACUCCUAUCUUCUUCCUCUCCAUCGAUCUAUUCUUCUUCGUCGCGAGUUCUUCGUUAAUUCGUGGAGAUCAUAUGCAAAUUACAUCCAUCUAGUUCUAGUUGCAGCCAAGAUAAUAGAUAGAGAGAUAGGGUUAGCUGCUAGCAGAUGUUCUCGGCGGGGGAUGAUUCCGGAGCAAGCCCAUACUUCCAGCAGCUGUUCGACCAUGGCGACCUCGGCGGCGCCGACGGCAUUGGCGCGUUCGCCGGCGGCGGCGACGCGCAGUGCCAGGCGCUGCUUUACAACCUGUCGGUGCUGAGGGAGAAGGUGCGGUUGCUGCACCCGCUCGUGGGCCUCGCCGUCCACGGCCGCGGCGGCGUGGCCGUGGCAGCCGACGCCGGCGCCGUCGUCCAGGAGAUCGUCGCCGCCGCGUCCUCCAUGAUGUACGCCUUCCAGCACCUCUGCGCCGUCAGCGACGCAGCUAUGCAGGCACAGGACAGCGUCGCGGCCGCCGCUGGCCGUGCUGCCAGCAACAACGCCGCCGGCAUGGCAGCAGCAGCAGCCGGCUGCAGCGACCAGCAGCUGCAGGCACUGGAGGAGGACCACGAAGCAGCUACCAUGCAGCAGUGGGCCCACGGCGGCUUCUACGACGACGACGGCACCAGCGGCAGCAAGCCGUCGGCGGCGACAGCGCAACAAGAAGCGCCGGCGCCGGCGCCGGGGACGAAGACGAGGAUCAUCGAGCUGGACGCGGCAGAGCUGCUGGCCAAGUACACGCACUACUGCAAGGUGUGCGGCAAAGGGUUCAAGCGCGACGCCAACCUGCGCAUGCACAUGCGCGCCCACGGCGACCAGUACAAGUCCAAGGCAGCCCUCAGUGCCGUCGUCUCCAGCUCCGGCGCUUCCUCCUCGCCGGCGGCCAUGGCGGCGAGCAAGUACUCGUGCCCGCAGGAGGGGUGCCGGUGGAACGUGCGGCACGCGCGGUUCACGCCACUCAAGUCGGUCAUCUGCGCCAAGAACCACUACAGGCGGAGCCACUGCCCCAAGAUGUACGCCUGCAGCCGCUGUGGCCGGAAGCAAUUCUCCGUGCUCUCCGACCUCCGCACCCACGAGAAGCACUGCGGCGACCGCCGGUGGCUCUGCUCCUGCGGCACCACCUUCUCGCGCAAGGACAAGCUCGCAGGCCACGUCUCCCUCUUCGCCGGACACCACCCUGUCGUCGUCGGAGAAGGCGCCAGGCAAUGUAAGAUCGAUCGAUCGUCGUUGGCGAACUCCGACCAGCUGCUCGGGAACUGCACCACCAGCGCCGGCGACGGCUUCUCCAUUACAUGACCGAUCGCUAUGCCAGAAUACCCCUCUAGUGAACCCCCUCCAGUUGUGGUUCGUCCGGGCCAAAGACAUUACCAUUACUGGAGGCCGUUUGGAGGCAUGCAUCCCCGCCGAACACCUGUGGCGGUGGUAGGGAACGUGCCCACGAAUUAUUUGUGCAGAUAUAGUAGGGCUAGCUGGUAUGAUACAGCAUGCUAGCAUGGAUUAAUGUGAUGGAUCAUUCUCUGAUAAUAUGCACAUAAGGUAAAGUUGUCUGUUGUCAUGUAGACUUAAUUUCAUGUGCUGAGGAUCGGAGCACCAACUAAUAUGCAACUGUUUUUUUGAAAGAUUUUUUUUUUUGAAAGAAACUAAUAUGCAACUGUUGGUAGUAGUGAAACGAUCAAGCUAUUAA